AUGGGUAAAGACCUUAACGAGACCCUUAUAGGGAAAAUAGACGACGCAAUCGAUACUGAUGUACGCAAAACUGCACAGGAGAUGGAUACUAUUCGGCAAAGAACUAUUGCAUAUGAAUAUUUAUGUCGCCUUGAAGAAGCGAAAACAUGGAUGGAGGCAUGUGUUAAAGAAACACUUCCUCCUGCAGUGGAAUUUGAGGAAUGUCUUAGAAAUGGUGUAUAUUUGGCUAAAUUGGGGCACUUUAUUGCCCCUGAUGUGCUCCCUUUAAAUAAAAUUUAUGACAUUGAUCAACGUAGAUACAAGGUACUUGGGCUUCAGUUUAAGCAUACUGAUAAUAUUAAUAAAUUUUUACUAGUACUGAAGUUAACAGAACUGCCUGUGACUUUCCAACCAGAAACAACGGACAUUUAUGAUAACAAAAAUAUGCCAAGGGUCAUCUAUUGUCUUCAUGCAUUAAGUUCUCAUUUAUUUAAAUUAGGCAAGGCACCGCUUAUUAAUGAUGUUUUUGGUAAAGCUGUCUUUACAGAUGAACAACUUGAUUUGGUUUCAAAAGACUUGCAAAAGUUUAAACACCCUCUGCCAGCAUUUCAGAAAAUAAGUGGACUCUUAUCUGGUAACAAUAAUGAUGGUAGUAUUACCUAUAAAGCUCUAGUUGAACUUAAUGAUAUUUUGGACUCUGAAAAACCUAUAACAGCAGCUCUGUUAAACCCUCAACUCAAAUUAAAGCACAUCCAAAAUAAGUUGGUUGAUGAAUAUAAAAAUGUAUUAAAAAAUGCCAAGCAACAAAAAAUGCAAGUUGCCCUUAAUCAUUCUUUAAAUGACAGCUAUGUCCCUGAUGAAUAUAAUGAGAUAUUGACAUUAGUUGAGAUACAGGGAUACAUAACAGCAACUAAUUUUAAAUAUGUAUGGAAAUCAUUAUGUAAAGCAUGUGAUAGGAAUGAUAUCAACAGUUUACACAAAGCAUUUACCGAAGACUGGAUUAAGUUAAAAAAUUACAGUCCUGAUAAUCUUGAUUUUUAUUGUGAUGUCAUAAAAGAGUUAACAGAAAACAACAAAGAUGUUGAUGUUGAAAGUAUAACAAAUUGGCACAAAAUAUUUCAAAAUAUUAUUAAUGAUGGCAACAGAAAAUCACUUGAACAUGUUGGACAUAAAACAGCCAUUGCAGAUGUAAACAAUGCUCUGGAGGAAGGAACAACCGAUGAUUUGUACAGAUCAUUGACAAAUCCCCAUUUGGGACUAAGAUUUAAAAUAAACAGGUUUGCCAUGCCUCUUUUAUAUGAAGAGAUGAGGCUAGAGAAGUGUGAAUUAGAAAAGAAUCUAAAUGAAAGUGAAAUUGCAGCAUCUGUGUCAUAUUUGACAGCAAUAGCAUCUAUAUCAGAAGCUUUGGAGAGGGGUGAUGAAAAUGCUGUAUGGAAUACAUUGAACUCAAAUCAGAUUCAUCUAGAAAUGUUGCGUCCUCAUUGCCGACGCCGAUACUUUUCAGCUUUAGUUUCAGCCCUUGAAGUAAAGUUUAGGGAGCAAUGUGAAUGUCCACUCUUAACUUUAGAAGAUAUUCGUGAUACCAUUGAAAUGGUCAAUGUUAAAGAUGAUGAUAAUGACGAAUUGGUUCAGUUGGUAGAUAGUAUCAAUAAGGCUGUUUCUGACGAGAAUGUAGAUGUAUUAAUAAAUUUAUUGAAAAAUCCUGCCUUAAAACUAACACUACCUUUGCAUAAAGAGGAAUAUCAUCUCUAUAUGAGGACAUUAAAGAAACGACUCCUACUAAAAGAGGCCGAAAAUCUAUGGUUAGACGAUAUUAUUAAAGCUAUUGAUGACGUAAAUGACGAAUCAAUUAAAGUAAAAGAAUUCACUGAAGCUAUUGUUGAAUUCAAUUCGUCUAUAUUAAGAAAUGACGUAAACACAUUUUGGCAAUUGUUAACUUGUCCUCUGCUAUGUAAUUCAAGUUUAGUGGAGAACUCCUGCCGAGACAUGUAUUUCCAAAUGUUUUCUAAAGCACUGAAGAAAAAAGGUCAUAACAUAUGUCCAUGGAUAGUCUGCCAUACAGAUGCCGGGAAUACUGUGUAUAUAGAUAUGGAAUCAUUCACAUAUAGCUGGACGACUCCAAAAGAUUUCGUGCCUUAUGCACGUUACUUGACUAAGAAAGAUAUAAUACAUGUUGUUCAAAAAACAAACAAACACCACAUAAACACAUAUAAGCAAAAACAUUUUGAGAAAACAGUAACAAAAUUCCAAGCUCAUUGUCGAGCAUUCUUAAUAAGGCAGAGAGUGAGAAGGCAUCAGUACUUAAAAAAUAAUGUGGAAGCAAUUAUAUAUAUACAGUCAUGGUGGAGGAAAAUUUUAGCCCGUCAAAAGUAUGGUACACUUAUAAAAAUGAAGGCAAUUGAAGCAAAACUAAAACAGGAGAGGAAGCUUAAUCCCUUAGUUUGGUACAAAGUGCAGGAGCAAAAAAUAGUUAAAAUUCAAGCCUUGUGGCGGGGUCGACGUGCGAGACAAGCAUUUACCUCUUUAUUCCACUCUGACAAUCCUCCACUUAGGGUUGUCAAAAAGUUCAUUCACAUGCUGGAUUUCACUACAGAGGACUACGACAGAGAAAUCGAAUUGCAAACCCUAAAAUCAGAAGUCGUGCAUUCCAUACGAAAAAAUCAAGAAUUAUCAAAACAAAUAGACGAUAUGGAUCUAAAAAUUGGUUUACUAGUUCAAAAUCGAAUCGCGUUACAAGAAGUCGCAGCGCAUGGGUUAAAACUCAAUAAUCUGGUUAAGCAUACGUCGAUGACGAAGCUGGCUGUAAAUAAAGAUUCUAAAGGGACUUUAAUGACUAUUUCCUCAGCUGUUAAAGGGUUGAAGUCGUUAACCAAGGAGAGUAAGCGACUGUUAGAUGGCUACCAACAUCUCUUUUACGAACUGCAGACCAAUCCGACAUAUUUAUCAAAACUUCUGUUUUGUAUACCACAGAAUAAGACAAAUUCUUUUCUUCAGAAUGUUGUAUUGAGUCUGUACAACUUUGGGGCGUAUACAAGAGACGAAUAUUUACUGUUAAAAUUAUUUAGGUUUACAUUAGAGGAGGAAAUCAGUUGUAAAGUAGCGAAACCUUUUGAUAUUAUAGCGUCAACACCCUUAGUACUAAAGAUGGCUGUUAGUUUGUCUCGGCAACUGUCGGGGCUGAAUAGUCUUCAAACAAUAAUUGGGCCUUUAGUUGAGAAAAUUAUUAAAGAUAGAGAGUUAAAUAUCGAGACUGGGCCUAUUGAGAUUUAUAAAGCAUGGAGGAAUGAGACGGAAAUGAAAACUGGUCAAAUAUCGAAACUUCCAUACACAGUUACACAAGAGGAAGCAUUGACAUAUCCAGAAGUCAAAACUCGCUUAGAAACAGCCUUGGCUCAAUUAAAAAGUGUAGUUAUUAUGUUCCUCGAUAAAAUAACUACUUCGACUGACUUACUACCAUUUUGUAUUACGUAUAUGGCGAGAGUAUUACACCGAUCGCUGACCACUAAGUUCCCUCAUACACCUGAAAAGGAUAUUUUAAAGGUUAUAGGAAAUUUAGUAUAUUAUCAGUUCUUUAAUGCUGCUAUCGUAGCCCCUGAUGCAUUUCACAUAAUAAACAUGUCGAAUGGUAGCAGUCUUACUACGGAUCAACGGAAAAAUUUAGCUUCCAUUGCCAAGAUAUUGCAUUUUUCGGCGGCGAAAAAAGGGUUUGGUGAAGAAUCAAGUCACCUCCGUUGCCUGAAUCCGUUUAUAGUGGAUUGUCACGAGAAGAUGAAGGAGCUGUUUCGACGAUGCUGUCGUGGACCAACCCUGGAGGAAUACUUCGCAGUUGACGAAUACACCGAGGCUACGCUCAUACACCAACCACAUAUUUAUAUUACUGUUCAGGAAAUAGUGGACACUCACGCCCUUUUAAUAGAGUACCAAGAUGUGAUUGCGCCGGAUCCUGAUGAUCGACUUAAUAUAUUACUUGAUGACUUGGGAGAAGUACCAAGUGUGGCACACCUUGCUUCUAGGGACCUAAAUUCGACGGCUGACACUGAAGAGAACGCUCGACUAGAAGUGUGUUUGGCUCUAGUUAAUAAAUUUCAAACGCCCGCUGACGAUAUGACGGAUGUGAAUAAGCUGUUUAUCAAAACCAAAGAGCUUUGCGUCGCCAUAAUACCUUUCUUGGGUGGUGAACAUCUUUUAGAAGCCAUAUGUAUCGGAACUACAAAAGAACAACAAGAGAAAUACAACGAGAAAGUACAAAGACGAAUAUAUUCGGGCCAAGCGCGUGCCGAUGAAGCGAUGUCUUUAAGAGAACAUAUCGCUAAACUGAGACGCAAUCUUCAAAUGCUUGAAGAUGAAGGCUAUGUGACGAGGGAAGAUGGUUAUCAAGCCCUUAUAACAUCUAUAGCUUUAGAUCUUUGUAAUAAAGGAAAGUAUCGACAAGCGCAGAGGCGCGCUCUAGCGACACUAACCCGAACUAAACAAAGUCUAUCAGAGAAGACAAAGUACUAUGAGGAGAAAUGCAAGUCUUAUGAUCAGUAUAUUAAGUCAUGUCUUGCUAAUCUUCAUGCUGGGAAAAGGAGCGUUCACGCCUGUUUAAGAUCCGGGAAAGAUAUAAAGAAAUUGAAGUCGAAAUUGACAGUGAAGUAUUCCGGUGCAAAAUUGUUAGAACGAGGUAUACUUCUUGAAAUAGAUGGACUUUCGACGUCACAAUUCAAAAACGUUCAAUUUGAAAUCGCACCUACUAAUCAUAAUGGCGUAUUUACGAUUAGAGGAAAGUUCAUGGGUGUCGAAAUGGAAUCUGUUGAUAUUGAUAUCCAGGAUCUAUUGCAAAAACAAUAUGAGGGUAGUGCGAUAAUGGACAUGUUUGGAAAAGCAAAAAUCAAUGUUAACCUACUAAUAUUUUUAUUGAACAGUAAAUUUUAUAAAUGA